CUCUAGGGAAAAGCGAUCGCCGUGGGCGAGUCGUGAAGAGCUAGCCUUACUGGUAAAUGGUGUCGGUCAUCUUGUCGGACUACACUGCCUUGCAUGCAUGAUCUGAGGGUCCCUGGAAAACGAUGUGGAAAUAGGAAAAAGAAAAGAAAAGAAAAGAAAAGUUAUCGGGCAAGAAAAGAGAAAAACGCGGCCCAGGAUUACGUUUUUUUCUUUCUUUUUUUCUUUUUCUCUUUCAUUUUCUUCCUUUUCCAAAUAGCGUUGUUGGUCGCCCCUCCAGAUACAGCUUGCUGCAUCUCCGACGCAUACGGAUCCUGGAACUUAAUAGGUGGCAGAUGCAUCUAGCCGCAUCAGUUGCGAAGCUACUGGCAUCAGAGGCCCACAAUAGCGGUUUUCUUUUC